AUGUCCAGCGAAGGAAGUAAAUCUGCAGAGACUCACACAAACGAUCGCUCCAGAGCUGGGGUAUCAAGUGAAACAAGUAAAGCUUCGCAUAGAGCUCCAGAAGAUAUUAGCAAAGAUGCACACGAUAGUACUCGAACAAGUAAUAAAGGAGCUCCUCAACAGACCCACCCCACAGUAGAGCCAAUCAGCAAGCCUCAUCAAGCUCAUACGAGGUCCACGGACUGGGACGACGAUCCCUUCUUUCGCGAUCGAUUCCAUACGAGAUUUCCCGGUCCGAGAGACGAUAUAUUUUUCGGAGAACCUCGACCUUUUGGUCAUUCAGGAUACCGAUCUCAUCCCUCCCAAAUGAGCUAUACACCAGGUGCAGGAGGUGAUAAACAUGGUUCUAUGAAACCUUUUGGUCCUGGUGCUGUAGGCCAGAGUACUCGGCCUCUCACUACCGGAGAGAAGGUGAUGCGAGCCAUCUGUUGUCCAUGUACCACACUUUGUUGCUGCUGUACCACUUGUGUGGGUGGCGGUAUAGUCGCUGGAGCAGGUGCGUAUCUUUGGAAGAGGGACGAGCAAUAG